AUGUCUUCGCUCGACAUCAAUCAGCUUUUCAGCGUCAAAGGCUUGGUGGCAGCAGUGACCGGGGGAACGAGCGGACUUGGUUUCAUGAUUUGCAAGGGAUUGGUUGCGAAUGGCGCCAGAGUAUAUGUCAUUGCGUUGUCGUCUGAGCCCAUUACCGAGAAGGUAGCGCAGCUCAAUGAGCUUGGUCAAUCUUCCUCUGGCACCGCCCACGGGAUUGAAUGCGAUCUAACCGACAAGGAGAGUAUUGCAAACGUAGCCAGACAUAUAGGCCAACGAGAGACAUACCUUGACAUUCUCGUCUCUAAUGCUGGCAUUAGGCGAGACCCAGUGGUUAAAUGCGAUGUACUGUCUGCCCCUUUAUUAGACCUACAAGCAUCAAUGUGGUCGUCGAAACACUCGGACUGGGCAGACUCGUUUUGUGUCAAUACGACGGCUCAUUAUUUCCUCUCCGUUGCACUUAUGCCUUUACUGGCAGCUGCCUCACAGCGCAAGCUAGAAAAUGGCAGAGUGGGAAGAAGCAACGGCCGUGGAGUCAUCGUCAUCACAAGUUCAUGCGCAAGCAUGCACAAUGCGACUAAUGUAGAUUUGACGAGCUAUGCUACGAGCAAAGCCGCCACUGAUCAUUUGGUCAAACUCCUGGCGUCCAAGUUUGGCAGAUUCUAUAUCAGAGUAGUAGGAAUCAAUCCAGGCUUCGUACCAAGCAAAAUGAAUCCAAUUGGAGAGGAAGGAAACAUGUUCAGCGCACUGUUUGACAAAGUGCCCGCUAGACGGUCGGGUGAUGAAGAAGACAUUGCCGGCACGGUCCUCUAUCUUGUCAGCCGUGCAGGAGCCUAUGUUGAUGGAAUUUCUCUCUGUGUGGAUGGAGGACGAGUGCUCUUUGCCAAUGGCCAAGAAUGA